AUGGCGCGGCGCGGCUCCCUCUCCGACUCCGGCUCGGACUCCGGCUCGGAGGACUCCUCUCUCUCGGACUCGGAGCUCCAGGAGGCCUUCUCGAGGGGCGCGCUGAAGCCGGGGCUCAACGUGGUACUGGAGGAGCGGCCGAAGCGGCGCAACGACGCGGACGGCCUGAAGCAGUGCCUGUCCGAAUUCAGGCAGCAGCUAGCUUGGGUGGAAAGGCUGGAUGUGACUUCGGGCCAGGUCGUGGACCCCGUCUCACAGAGUGCUUCUAACAAAGAUGCUGUUGAUCCUGAGAAUGAUUUCCAGAGAGAGAUGAGCUUUUACCGGCAGGCUCAGGCAGCGGUCCUGGAAGCCCUACCUAAGUUGCGUAAGCUCCAAGUUCCUACUAGAAGGCCAGAUGAUUACUUUGCAGAAAUGGCCAAAUCAGACCAACAGAUGCAGAAGAUUCGACAGAAGCUUAAGAGUAAACAGGAAGCAAUGGAGAGGUCUGAGAAAGCGAAACAGCUCCGUGCAAUGAGAAAAUAUGGCAAGAAGGUGCAAACUGAGAUUCUGCAGAGGAGACAAAAGGAGAAAAAAAAUAUGUUGAAUGCAGUAAAGAAAUACCAGAAAGGUCUCUCUGACAAGCUGGAUUUUCUAGACGAAGAGCAGACGUCGUCUCAGGGGAAUAAAAAAGGCAGUGCAAGUCAACGGAUAAAGAAGGGACCAAAUGCCAAAAGACGAUAUAAGAAUCAGAAGUUUGGUUUUGGUGGGAAGAAGAAGGGCUCAAAGUGGAAUACAAAGGAGAGUUUUAAUGAUGUAUCCAGCUUCCGGUCAAAAGUGGCUCACAACAAAGGCCCAAGAAAAGCAGGAAAAGGAGGAAAAAAAGCCCUCAAUAAGAGACCUGGAAAGAGAGCAAGGCAGAAAAUGAAGAGCCGAGCGCGAUAAGAGGACUGUGCUCCCCAGUGGGGUUCCUAUGUUUCUGUGUGUUGCAAGAUGUGUUUCUGCUGUCAUCAAGCAGCUAACCGUGGAGCAAGCUGGAUGCUUCCAAGUGGCAAGAAAAAAGUCAGUGGAAACUAGUGCCUUAUCACUAGUUUCUUCUUACUGUCUGCUUUGUUGAAGGAUUGUUUUCUACUUAAACCUUUGGUGUGUGAAUGCAUUAAAUGGUUUGCACAGAACUAUGUCUAAUUCAUGUUUAGCUGCGUUAUGAAUGGUGGCUGAAGCCUGCCCUUUGUUCCCUUCAUUCUGACAGCUUUUUCCACAGCUACUGUUGACAUGUACUUGGUGAACUUGAGUUCUGGGUCACAUUGCCGAUGUCAAAAUAAGAAGUCUGAAGCCUGUCAAGAUGUUAAAGUGGUUUUUAGACUAUUUAUAUAGAUGGUUUGGAAGCAGCAGUGAGACAAAUGCAGCAAUUUUAUAAAUAGGUUUAUUUCUGUAACUAUUGUCAGGCUGCAAAUCUGGACAGACUGAGGUUUGCUCUUCCCUUUUCUUGCUAUCUUCUCUUGCCAAAAAUCUACCAGACUCACCUAAUAACAAGCAGGGCCUAAUACAUUAGAUAUCAUUAACUGCUGCUAAGUUGUGUGGCUUUGCCACUCUACUACUGCACGUUCUCAGACUGCUCCUCCCGAU